AAUCGCUUUGAUUGUUAUGAAACUUUUUCAUAUACAUAAAUCGUCGUGAAUACAUUUGUUGUUGUUGACUUGAAAAUUUUCAUUCAAAUGCUUAGUUUAAGAAAUGUGUCCGUGCGACAUUUUCGGUCAAUAAAUUCAUUGAUUGCCUCAAAUCAUAUACACAAACAAUAUUUCAGUUCGGCCAAUGAAAAUAAUGACCGAACCACACACUUUGGAUUUCAAACAGUCGGCGAAAAUGAAAAGGCUGAUAAAGUGCACAAAGUGUUUGAAGAUGUAGCUGCCUCAUACGAUUUAAUGAACGAUGCAAUGUCAAUGGGUAUUCAUCGUUUGUGGAAAGAUACAUUUAUGGAACGCCUUGGGCCGACACAUGGCACAAAAUUACUUGAUAUGGCUGGUGGAACGGGUGACAUUGCAUUUCGCUAUAUCAAAUAUUUACAAAAUUCUCGUUCAAAUUUUGAUGCAAAGAAAAGUCACGUCACAAUAUCCGACAUAAAUCAAAAUAUGCUUGAUGUUGGUAAAGAACGUGCCAAACAACUAAAACUUACCAAUGAAUCAUUGAACCAUUGUACCGUUGACUGGGUGUGUUCAAAUGCAGAACAAUUACCAUUCGAAGAUAAUUCAUUCAAUGCAUACACAAUUGCAUUUGGCAUUCGCAACUGUACACACAUUGACAAGGUGCUCGAAGAAGCGUAUCGUGUGUUGCAGCCGGGUGGUCGUUUUAUGUGUUUAGAAUUUAGUCAUUUAAAUAAUGUUACUAUGCAAUGGCUUUAUGAUCAAUAUUCAUUCACCUGUAUACCACCAAUGGGUCAUAUUUUGGCCGGACAAUGGGAAGCCUAUCAAUAUCUUGUCGAAAGUAUACGUCGUUUUCCAAAGCAGGAACAAUUCAAGGGGAUGAUACAAGCGGCCGGCUUUAAUUGUGUUACCUAUGAAAAUCUAACGCUUGGCGUUUGUGCCAUUCAUUCUGGUUUCAAAUUGUAAAAAAUAAAAUAAUGAAAUAAAACAUUAUCAAUUCUUAACACUGUGUUUA